ACCGCAACACAGAAGUCUUCCUCAAAUGAAGUGAAUAAAAGCGUGCUCACGCGUCUCCUAACUGAGUAGAAGUUCCACAAUGGAUAGCAUAGCAAAGUAUUUGAUAUUAUUCGUAAAAUUCCUCACAUUUCUACCACUAGUUACAUCACAUACGUAUACUGUCAGAGUCGGGACUGAGAGUCAUAUCAAUGUCGUCGACCCGCGGUUUUUGAGUUUCACAAUUGAUCCUGAAUAUCUAUUUUCUAGUACUGAACAGGAUAAUGGCAAGGAAUCAGUAUGCAUGGCCUCAUCUCUCACUCCCGCCUACAUCCGCAUCGCUGGUCCGUCCACCUCACACAUGACCUUCCACAACUCCACCAUAACCUUCACCGACCUUACUGCCAACCUUGGCAUCGACCUUGAGAGGGAAGAAGAACAAAUUGGCCUUAAACGAAGCAGAGAUAUCUACGGAAUUAACAGGAGAACAACCCUUCUCAAUCAUGAAUCUGAUGAAGAAUCUAGAAAGACCAUAAAAAACAAAAGACAAUCUAGCCUAAAAGAGAAGGGUCUUUUUGGCCUUAAAAAGGGUCUAUUUGGGCUUAGAAAGGACAAAGAAAUCCAUCAAGAGACAAAAGAAUUGGCUAUUUCCCACACGCAGUGGCAGCUAUUCGUUCAGUGGGCCAAAAAAUCUGGAUUUGACUUGGUCUUCGCGUUGAACAAUGAUGAGAAGACUUCCGGUGGUCUCUGGGAUCCUAAUUCAGCGCUGAAUAUACUUACUCUUGCUGAGAAGUCCAAUUUUAGUGAUAUUUACUGGCAGCUUGGUUAUGAAUGCAAGAACCAGUCAAUAGACGAGUACCUAAACGACCUAGAGACGUUGCGUGCGAUCAUAGAAUCGUUCGGGCCUGCGCGGGAGUGGCGCGCGGUCGGCGGUGACGUCACGCCGUGCUUGCAAGCUGAUUCUAAGAGCGACUUCAGGGAUUUCGUCACUCUGACCGAUGAGCUGAUGGAUGCUGUUGUGUUGAAUGGCCACUCCUCAGCAGAAGAACUCCAGCGCAUGUCAGAAAAGGACCGCUUGAAGCUGUUGAAGCGCCUGAGCAACAGCACCACGCCGUUGUGGCUGACAGACGGCCCGCACGCGGCUCAUAGCGAGCUGCGCCGCGCCGCGCACUGGCUCUCCAGCCUAGGGUAUUCCGCUAGGAACGGUAUCGCGGUGCACUUCAGGGAACUACCACGGGACGAGCUGUACGAGCCUACAUUGAGUUUCUACAUGGCCCUGCUCUUCAAAAACCUCGUCGGGGAGAGAGUCUUGAACGUCGAGAUGGAAGCAUCAGACGCAGCCAUGUUCGCGCACUGCACUUCCCUCCGUCAUAAGCCGGUUCCUGGAGCUGUCACGUUGUACGCGGCUAACCUUGAUGAUGAAGCUGCCAGGUUUGCUGUCAAGCUGUCCAGGAAGGAAGAAGGAGGGGACAUCAUGCAGUUCAUACUUGGGCAUGAUCUUAGUGGGAACAUCAUAAUUAACGGGCGAUCCAUGCAUGAAGGCGACAUAAGACCAGUAGUCAAAAGAGUUCGUCCAUACAAAACCUUGCUCCUCAACCUACCUCCUAGAUCCUUUGGUUUUUGGGUCAUCGCCAACACCAGGAUCGAAGCUUGCCAGGAAACUGAUGAUGAAGACAUCACUAACAAAGAAUUUGUCGAAGCUCUCACUCUAUCUGAUGAUGAUUUUGAUGGUACAAAUACUGUAAAAACGAAACGAUCUAUGAUCUAUUCUGAUGUCGGUAUUGAUUCUGAUGAAUCUGCAUCAAGAGAGUCGCUAGUUCGAGCAGGACUGAAGGACAGAAUAAAUACUCUAAAUACGAACUUGAAUAAUGUUAAUAAGAUGUUCGGAAGUAAAGCUACGAUAGCAGAAGAAGACACAGUAUUGAGCAGAUCAAAAAGACAAUUGGAUUAUGAAGACGAAAUUGACAGCAUUAAAAGGAAGACAAAGAAGUUCAUAAAGAACAAACUUCGGAAUUCGGAUGAAUCUAAGCCUAGAUUGGAGUUCUUAAGAAAACUCUUUGGUAUAACUCCACGCUCUGAAGUUACAAGAGUUGCAAGGCAUGAUAAAAUAAGAAAAAUAGCAAAAAAUAUGAAAAAUAAAACAAAUAAGAGAAAACAGACAAAACAAGAGUCAAUCGAAAAUAAUUCCCUUGAUGACACAAUUGAUACUGAUAACGCCAAACUCAGAAGAAAACGAAGGAAUGUUAUAGAGGAAAAACAAAAAACAGUGCAUGUGAAGGAAAGUGAAGAUGCUUCUAUUGAAAAUGAAAUAGACCAUGAUACUGCAAAAGAAGUCAAACUUUGGAAGAUAUUACACAGAAUUCACAAGCAAAUUAAGGAUUUAUCUAUUGAAGAUAACGAAGACGACAAUAGUCAAAAUUUAAGUAAUAACGAAUCGAAUGAUGGAGAUCCUAUUGUAGAAAAUGUAAGGAAUUCUGAUGAUGAUACUACAGACAUAUUUAAGAGAAAAACGAAGCGUGGCUUACUAAAAUCAACAGUAGACAAUGUUGUGUCAGUUUUGAGUGAUUUGAACAAAAACCUAAACAGGUUUUGGAAUGCGCUUACACUUUUAGAAUAGAUGCAAAAUGAACAGUUUUUAAUAUAAGUAAGUUUAUUAGUCAAAUUGAGUGAAAAUGUAGAAUAUUAUGAAUGAUUGUGUGUUUUGUAGUAUUUGUUAUAAAAGGGUAGUGUCAUAGACAUAUUUGAGAUCUGGAUUCUGACUUUUAAUGAAAAUUGUUUGAUGACUACUACCUAUUCUAUUGUCCUGGGGGGUUAAAAAAACAAUAUUGCUAUUUAACACGCAUUUACAUAACGCAGUUACUUUUAUACGUGCAAAUGUCAAAUAGCAAUGUUGCUUUUUAGAUGGAUUGCGUCAAUGUGGCCUUUUUGAUUGUAAUGAAUGAUUGGAUUAGAAUGUAAUUACUUACUUGUAAGAAAACCUUUUGUAU